UUUCUUUUUCCUCUUUGAAACAUGAAUGACAAUUCGGACAACUGAGUUCGAAUCCGUUGCGAAAUGACUAGCGAAUCCCUCUCCUCGGUCAUGGCGAUCCUCGGACACGCGGCCACGACUUCGGACACGGCGAUGGAGAAGGACCCUUACGCCUCGUCGCUCCUGGACAACCUGACCCUCAGUUCGGCCCCGGCAGCGUCGGAGGAGGAGGGGGAGGGGGCGCCGUCGGCCACGCUUCCCCUCUCUCUCCUCCGCGCCCCCUCCCCUCCCCGCCCUGACCCAGGGAUGCUCGAGGACCCCUCCUACCGCUCGCUCCUCGACAACCUCACCGUCUUCUACCCGGACCUCCUCAGCUACAUCAACCUCACCAACUGGACCGACCUCCCGUUCCUCCUCGAAGGCUCCGAAGCGGGUCUCGCCGGCGGCUCCGAACUCCCUCCCCCCGGCAACGCCACGGCGCCCUCGGGAGCGGUCGCGGCGGACGAGACGGCCCUCUACGACGUGCCGACGGGGAUCGUGGUCCUCCUGAGCAUCUUCUACGGCAGCAUCUCCCUCGUCGCCGUCGUCGGGAACGCGCUCGUCAUGUGGAUCGUCGCCACGUCCAGGAAGAUGCACUCCGUCACCAACUACUUCAUCGCGAACCUGGCGCUGGCGGACAUCAUCAUCGGCCUCUUCGCCAUCCCGUUCCAGUUCCAAGCGGCGUUGCUCCAGCGGUGGAAUCUGCCCCACUUCAUGUGCCGCCUUCUCCUUUCUUCCAAAACUUGUUCAGCCUGGCGACACAAGCGCACACACAGUGACAUACCAACCACACUCAACAACAAAACCACCCCCACCACCACCACACUCCACCGGUAUCCGCACGAGACCCACAUAGCAAGACCAGCUCACGAGCGAAAAACACCCACAGACCACGACGCACCGCCCUGGACCUGGGGCGGAGGUGGAGCGAAGGUGGAGUGGUAUGCCCAUGGUAUGCUUAUGGUAUGUGAUGCCGUGUCGUGUAUAGUGUGUUUAGUUAAGACACCCACCAUAGACAGUGAUUAUACGUUAGACCACAGGACACCACAGCCCAUGAAGAGACCCACAGACACCAUAACCAAGAAGUUUAGACUCCAAGGAUCCCGUAGCCCAUAUGACGAAGGCAAGUGGGUCUUACGCCAGAUGUAA